AUGGGUAGAGGACAACAAAGCCAACCUGCUGCUUCAUCGUCUUCAACGGUUCCUAAGCCUCGAAGACAGCGGGCUUCCCCAUCGAGGCUCGUGAAGCUCUACAAUGAUUUGACUCAAUCUCAGAAGAAAAGAAUACGGGCGAUAGGUUUUGGUGGUCUCCUGAAGAUUGCUUCUAAAAUCCUUCCUCUGGUGUUUCCUGGCAGGGGAAGGAUUUCAGUCAAUGCUGAUUCAGUAUGUCGUGCUUUUGGUCUUCCAAACAAUGGUGAUGAAGUUAAGUAUGAGCUUGAUGUUGGUGCGAUUAACUUCAUCAAUGCAACCAAAAUGGGCAAAAGAAGAUCUUUUAAGGGCUGCCUUCUUGUCCUUGUGAUUCUAUAUGUAGACUCGUUUCUAGUUGACAAUGUACAAAUCCCUUCCACCAUGCCUAGAGUUACAGCAUGGUCAAGGAAAUUGUUGGAUCAGGUCAUCAAGUUAGACACCAAGCAUGAUGGCUCAUUUGGGAAGCUUAAGUUGAAAGGAUCAAGCUAUUCUACUCCACAACCUUCAUUGUUCCACAUGGAUGAUAUAAGAAGAUUUGUCUCCUCAAUGGUUCCCAGUGGCAUUUCAGAUCAGACCCGUUGUACAUCUUAUAUGCUAAGACUCAAAUGUUAA